AUGUUUAAAUCAAUUAUCUUCGUGACGCUGUUUGUUGGCGUGUGCUACGCCGGCCUGAUCCAUCACCAGGCGGUGGACGACGAUGAUGUGUCGGAAACGGAGCACCAUCACAACAUCGAGCAUAAGCACGCGACUUCGCAUCAGAGCUUCAAAUUCCACCAUUUCCACGCAGUCCCGGUGUACGUUAAAAAGGAGGACCAGCAGUUCCUGAAGCACCCGGUGGAGAUCUCCGGUCUGAAGCACAACCUGAAGAUCGUUCACCCGGAGACUGAACCGCACCACGGCCACGGGCUAACACUGGAGAAUCACAGCGAGUUCGAGAGCAAACUGCACGGAGGCCACGGAUACGAUCUGGGCCACGCCGGUUCCGAGCACAUCGGCCAGGACCACUUCAGUGGCCACGAGUACGAGCACCACCAGUACGGACACGAGCUGGAGGAGGCCGAUGACAACUGA